AUGUCCGCCAUCAGAAGCCUCGCUGUUCUCGCCUUCCUCGGCCUGGCCAACGCUGAAACCAUCGGAUUUGGCCCUCACUUCUCCCUCGGCCCUACUUCAUCAUGGAUUCGUGAGGCAAACACUACGCUUGUCCUCCCUGAGGUCCCGAGCCCUCAGCAAGAUCGUCUUGCUCUUUGGCCUGGUAUGGGGACCAGCGGCGGUGAUCUGAUCCAGGCGCUCGCCGUUUCCUUCAGCGACCCCUCGGCUAACUGUGGUGCCACUGCUGGACAAUGGUGCACAUGGGCCAGCACACUCCAAGGCGAGCAGCUGGGCGGAAAGCAGGUCCCUGCCAAUGCUGGCGAUGAAGUCAAUAUGCACUACAAGUACAAUGACGAGACCAGCAAGUUCGACCAGACGGUCUCCAUCAACGGAGAAGUCGUGUCGACUCUCUCUACCAAGUCCGGCCAGGCUCAGGGCUGGGGUACUGCCGUCGAGUGUCAGGCUGAAGCGUGCGAUGGCACUGCUGCUGCUCACGAAUACCUCGACACUACCAUCAUCUUGAACGCCGCUGACUCUUCCUUCAAAGACACAUUGGCUAUUGAAGAGGCCACCUCUUCUGGUCUCAAGACCUCCGACAACGGAAAGACCUGGACUGUCUCAUCGAUUAAGAUCCAGUCUCACACUUACGAUUUGUAG